UUGAACUCCAGGGACAACGUCUGGCCGACUUGUCUGAUCCUGGAUCACAAAAAAUGGAAUUUCAAAAUCUGAUCCAGGCGUUUCAAGAUCCCCGUGUUUCAAGAUCCAGGUGUUUCAAGAUCCAGGCGUUUCAAGAUCCCCGCGUUUCAAGAUCCAGGCGUUUCAAGAUCCCCGCGUUUCAAGAUCCAGGCGUUUCAAGAUCCAGGCGUUUCAAGAUCCAGGCGUUUCAAGAUCCCCGCGUUUCAAGAUCCAGGCGUUUCAAGAUCCAGGUGUUUCAAGAUCCAGGCGUUUCAAGAUCCAGCCGUUUCAAGAUCCCCGCGUUUCAAGAUCCAGGUGUUUCAAGAUCCAGGCGUUUCAAGAUCCAGGCGUUUCAAGAUCCCCGCGUUUCAAGAUCCAGGCGUUUCAAGAUCCAGGCGUUUCAAGAUCCAGGCGUUUCAAGAUCCUCGUACUUCAGAAUACUCGUGUCCGUCGAUACCGUAUUGGGUCAUACCCCUGGACGCCCCAGUGUAACAGUGCUCUCCCCUCAUGUUGAUGUCUCUGACAGGAUGUUUAUGAUCUUCCUCCUCUCAGCCGUCUUCCUCUUCGUCACGCUGGCAGUCGUCUCCACUCUGCUGCUGACGACCCUCGUCAUCAUCACUCUGAGACGCCACCGUCUGUCCCACCGCCUGUCCUCCUUUAGUGAUAAGGAGGAGCUGCUCCCAGACGAACAAUCUUCUGUGGAGUCCCUGAACGUCUCAGAGAGCCCCAAACCAGACCAGGCCUGAGGAGAUCUGAUCAUAUUCAUCUGGAAUAACUCUAAUAUAUAACUGUAAUCUGGAUUACCUUUAUGAUAUGACUGUUAUCGGGAUUAUCUUUAAAAAUAAACUAAUCAGGAUCAUUUUAAUAAUAAUAUUAGUUUAGUUUGGCUGCUAUCAUUGAUUUAUUAAUAAAUAAGGAAACUAAAUUGAUAAUAAAAUGUUUUACGAUUUGAUUGAGGAACUGUUAUGUUAGUAAUUUUUCUUGUUUAGUUAAAACAUAUUAAAAUGAGCGUAUUUUUACCGAUAAGAGUUUAUAUUUUAAAAGCUAUUUAUAUGUUGCCAUUUCAAAGUGGUGAAUACGAUCACUUCUGAUUAUCGUUCAGCGCUAAUCUGUCGAUUAAUACAAAAAUAUUUUCUGUAACGUCUGGUUUUUAAAUCGUUGUAAACUGUAUAACCUUUAUACCUGCGUCGUGCCUCAAGAUGAUUUACACUUUCAUAUUUUAUGAAGUUAAUGUGAAAACAAGUUUUAAUGAAUGACCGUGCUGCAGGUAGAGGAAAUCAACCAAUCACAGCCCUACAUGGAGCCUACUUCCCACAAUGCGUCAGGACUCUGAUUACCUGGGGCCUACGUUUCCCAUAAUGCAACAGAGCUUUGAUUCCCUGGAGAACACGUUUACCAUAAUGCAACAGAGCUUUGAUUCCCUGGAGAACACGUUUCCCAUAAUGCAACAGAGCUGUGUUUAUUGAUGGAUUAGUACUUUUGAUUAGUUAGUAAUUGAUAAAAGAUCCUCCAACACUAUUAUUUGGAUAGUUUCAUAUCAAACCAAAAUGAAUUAACUGAUAUUCUGUCAUGCUGUGUUUUAAUUAAAAGAGCUCCAGAAUAAGUUCAUUUUUCUCUGUGAUUAAAGUUUCUGUUUUUACAUAUGAAGGGUUUUUCUUUAUCUCAAUAAAAAUGUAUUUACACCUCAA